AUGUUCCCUCACCAACUCAAGCGCACCACCAUGGCUUCCUCCUCAAAAGAAAGCCGGAAGGUGCUCGAGGGCAUUUUCGGUAAGCAAAAUUCCAAAUUAAAUUGCUUCUACGAACCUAUGCGACAUAAUUCGGUUCCAAAAUUUGUCGAGGAAAGAGCUAAUGAACGCAUAGCGAUCAACAAACCCCAAUGGGCAUCCUCCGCUGGCGUCCUUCGCGAUCUCCAAACUCAUUUCGACAAAUCGACCCUCUUCGCUCCAUGGCUGACACACACCAAGCGCUCGAUGGAGCUAUCCGGCUCGAAAAGAAAGCACAUCCAGAAUCUCAAAGUCAAGCUCGGUCAUGGCGGCACCCUCGAUCCGCUCGCAACAGGCGUCCUGAUAGUCGGUGUAGGGCGCGGUACCAAGUGUCUCUCGCGCUUCCUCGAAUGCACCAAGUCGUACGAAUGCGUGGUGCUCUUUGGUGCUGCAACGGAUAGCUAUGAUGCAGUAGGCAAGAUUGUGAGCAAGAACGAUUAUCAGCAUGUUACAAAGGAAUUGGUCGAAGAAAAGUUGGCUCAGUUCAGGGGAAAGAUUAUGCAGAAGCCGAGCAUAUUCUCAGCGCUGAAGGUCGACGGGAAGAAAAUGUACGAGUACGCCAGGGCCGGCGGAGAUAUCCCUGAGAUACCGGCGAGGCCAGUAGAGGUGGAGAAGCUGGAGCUCGUGGAAUGGCUGGAGCCUGGGUCGCAUGAGUUUGCGUGGCCGAAAGAAGAGGUCGAUGGUACAGAAAAGGUGGGCGCGGAGAAGCUGUUAGGAAUACGGAAGAAGGAUGCAGAUGUGGCAGCGUCGCGAAGCAGAAAGAGGUCGCGAUCGCCCCAGGAAGAGAUUGUGGCUAACGAGAAUUCGCUUUCCAAGAAACUGAAGGAGGACGAUGAGCACUCUAUGUCCGGCGCACUUCCGGUACAAGAUGCCCCGACGGAAGUACCCGCAGAUGGAGUUCCAGUGGAAGCCUCCACCAAGGAAACCCCCACAGAAGGAGCUUCAGAACCUGCCAACGGAGCAAAGACAAACCCCACAGAGGAUAACCAACCAGCCGAGCCAUCACCGAAGCCCCCAGCAGUGCGUCUCCGCAUGACCGUAACCUCCGGCUUCUACGUACGCUCCCUCUGCCACGACCUUGGGCUAGCCUGUAACUCGCUCGGCUUGAUGUCCUCUCUGAUCCGCACGCGACAAGGCGACUACGAGCUGGAGAAGAAUGUGCUUGAGUACUCUGACCUGGAGGCUGGCGCCGACACCUGGGAGCCAAAGGUGCAGAAACACCUGGAAGAUUUCAUGGAGAAGGAAGGAUGGGAAGCAGAAGAGGUUCUCGAUGAGGAGGAAUGGAAGGAAGUGGCCAAGGAGAAGCGAAGAGACAAUGAUAGGGAUAGGAGUUACCGUGGGGGUGGGAAGAAGUGGAGGCGAUGA